ACCUUAUCCUCGCUCAAACUGUCAAGUCUACCAUAUGGCUGAACACACGCCAGAGUCUUUCAAACCCCUGCUGAAAAGGCUGGUGGAAACUCCAGAGUACUUUACACCGGAGGACCUCAAACUCGCGCUGAACCAUAUUUUCACUCCGGAUGCGGUUCACCCGGCACAAAUUGGCGCGUUCUUGAGUGGACUACACAUCCACCGGAUUGAACGACGACCGGAAUCCUUGGCUGCAGCAGCAGAGGUGCUGAGGGAGAGGGCGCUGAAAGCCGCAGUCGAGGACGCCGAUAAGGACUUCGUCGUGGAUAUCGUCGGAACAGGAGGGGAUGGCCACAAUACCUUCAACGUGAGUACGACCGCAGCGGUCGUUGCAGCAGGCGCAGGUGCACGGGUAAUCAAGCACGGCAGCCGAGCAUCCACGUCUUCCUCAGGCUCCGCCGACCUCCUGCAGUCCCUCGGAUGCCUGUUCACGGCGCCGACGCCCGGGACGCCCAUGCCCAUCGCCCGCGUACCCUUCACCUUCAUCCUCGCCCCGCACUACCACCCCGCGCUCGCGCUCCUCGCGCCGUACCGCAAGGCCCUCCCCUUCCGCACCAUGUUCAACGUCCUCGGGCCGCUCAUCAACCCCGCGCGGCCGCGCGGCAUGGUGCUCGGCGUAGCGGAGAAGGAGCUCGGCGCGACCUUCGCGAAGAGCCUGCGCGACGGCGGCGUGCAGCGCGCGAUGGUCGUGUGCGGCGCGGAGGGCCUGGACGAGAUCAGCUGCGCGGGGGAGACGUUCGUGUGGGAGCUGAAGGAGGGUCAGAUCAGCGAGAAGACGAUACACCCGCGCGACUUUGGGUUGCAGGCUCAUCCACUGACGCAGGUGGCCGGCGGGACGCCGGAGGAGAACUCGGAUACGUUCAAGCUCCUGCUGACCUCGGGAGAGAACGUGCCGAAGGAGCUGGGCCCCGUGCUGGAUUUCGUCCUGCUGAAUGCGGCGGCGUUGCUCGUGGUGGCCGGGUUGGCGCAAGAUUUCAAGCAAGGUGUUGAGUUGGCUCGGGAAAGUGUGUACUCUGGCAGCGCUUGGAAGGCUCUGCUGCUCUUUCGGGAAGCUGGUGAAGCCGCCGCUUCGAAAAUCUCGAGUUAAUUUAUUAUCAUGGUUACUAAAGGGUAUCGUUGUAUUUAUUAUACAGGCGUACCUUUCCUCGUUUUACACUGGUUACAUGCAGCAUACAUCUAACAUACAUCAAGAAGCCAAAAUGCGGGUAUUUCGAAAGGGUGCCAGUGAUAUCGUGCAAUGGACGCAUAAUGUAGGAAGUGGACAUAAGACAAUAGACUGAUGACUUUCGGGCAUAAUUAUGGAUGCAUGAUGCAAUGAAGGUCCAUGGGCUGAGGAAUAAAUGAAGUAUAACUAACGAUAUCCAGUCGUCCUGAACCGGGACUCGCGACGACGCACGAACCGUAUGCCACGGUGGUCCUCGCAUAUUAGACCUUUAUAAAGUGCGUAAGCUUCUUUUCGUUUUAACCCAACGCAACCUUGCGGGCCGACGAUGAUCUUUUCAAG